GAGUUGUCAUUGUCAAUUGUUUCUGGUCGGUGUUUAGCUCUGUGUUGUGUUUAGGUUAGGUCGGUCCUUCGAAAAGGAAAAAAAAUAUCUUUCUUUCAGUUUUGAGUGACGGCAGGGAAGACAAUCAUGUCGGCCCACAAGACAUUUAUUAUCAAGCGGAAGCUCGCUAAGAAAUUAAAACAAAACAGACCGAUACCUCAAUGGGUACGAAUGCGCACUGGAAAUACUAUCCGGUACAACGCUAAGAGGCGUCACUGGAGGAGAACCAAGUUGAAGCUGUAAGCUUACUGGCUGUUAGUAAAUAAAUAAUGUAAAAUCUC